AUGUCUAGUAGCAUCGACAUGAUAUUGGGAGCUGACCAAUUCCAUGAAUACCUGAUGAGUGGUAGGAUCCACCUCAACCGUAGCUCACCGACGCUGAUCGAAACAAUCUUUGGUUGGGCAGUGUCGGGUCCUUGGUAUAACAAUACUGCACGGGUUCCUCUACACUGUUGUACCGCAACUACCACCCACAACCUGGAAACACUGAUGGAGAAGUUCUGGGAGAUUGAGUCCAUCAAUACCGGUCGAAUUUACUCGGCAGACGAAGUCGCUUGUGAUGAACUGUACCAAGCUACUACGACCAGAAACGCAGACGGGAGGUAUGUAGUCGCUCUUCCAAAAUCUCAGAAUCCCCAUAUUCAACUCGGCGAAUCCCGUGCCAUCGCUGAAAGAUGUCUGCGAAGUCUGGAACGCAGGCUUGAGCGGGACGAAGCUGUCAAGGUAGCCUACCACGAGUUUAUGGACGAGUACCUACGACUUGGCCGCAUGCGACGUCUAGAAGAUCCGGUAGAUGAUUCCCUGAUGCACUACUACUUGCCACAUCACCCUGUGUUUAAGGCCAGCAGCACUACGACAAAGGUACGGGUUGUAUUCGAUGCCUCCUGCCGCACAUCAUCCGGCAAUUCCUUGAACGACAUUCUCCUCGUUGGCCCAGUCGUGCAAGAGGAUCUCCAGUCCAUCGAAAUACGCUUCCAGACGAAACCUGUUGGAGUCGUGGCGGAUGUGGAGAAAAUGUACCGGCAGAUUGGAGUUGUACGCAUCGACCGAUCGCUCAUCCGAAUUCUCUUCAGAAAAAAACCAGAUCCAAUCUCCACGUUCGAGCUUCAGACCGUUACAUAUGGUACAUCCUCUGCACCAUUCCUCGCCACUCGAACCCUAGUCCAACUCGCCAACGAUGAAGGUGAGAAUUUCCCGAUGGCGAAGAAGGCCGUGUUAGAAGACUUUUACGUCGACGACCUCAUCAGCGGUGCCGAAACCCCAGAAGAAGCCAUCGAACUUCGUCGCCAGCUCAGUGAAAUGCUACAUUCCGCCGGUUUUCCAUUGAGGAAAUGGGCCUCCAAUAGCUCAGCCGUCCUGACCGAAAUUCCUUCGGACGAACUAGCAAUCCAACCGUUCUACGAGUUCUCCGAUGAACAGUCGGUGACCACCCUCGGGCUGAUCUGGGAACCGAAGUCCGAUACAAUGCGAUUCCGAAUCCAGUUUCCAAUUCCUGCUACCGUGCUCACCAGACGAAACGUCCUUUCGUAUAUCGUAUAUAUACUGGGCCUCGCCGGUCCGGUUAUCUCCAUCGCCAAGCAGUUCAUGCAACGCCUGUGGGCGUUGACGACCAACGACGGGAAGACUUACGCUUGGGAUGAUCCACUCCCACCAAGACUCCAAACCGAAUGGAAAACGUUUCAUGAUCAGCUGAAUCUCUUGAGUAACGUACGAAUUCCCCGAUUUGUCUCGGUGCCCGGUGCAACCAACAUCCAACUACACUUCUUUUCGGAUGCUUCCGAGAAGGCUUACGGUGCAUGUGUAUACAUGCGCUCCGAAGAUAAACAUCAGAACAUUUUUGUCCAUUUGCUGGCAGCAAAGUCAAGAGUCACGCCUUUGAAGACCCGCCAUUCCAUUGCGCGCUUGGAACUCUGCGCGGCGGUUUUGUCUACGGAACUCUUCCAAAAGGUAAUUGCUUCAUUAAAAUCAGACUGUCCUGUAUUCUUUUGGGUAGAUUCCACGACGGUGCUGCAGUGGUUAAAGUCAUCACCGGCCUGCUGGAAGGUAUUCGUGGGCAAUCGAGUCUCAAAAAUCCAACAAGCUACGGUGGGACAUCCAUGGAAUCACGUCGCUGGGUCCGACAAUCUGGCCGAUGACAUCUCGCGUGGCCUUACCCCGGCUGAUCUUCUCCACUGCGAACGCUGGUGGACCGGACCAACAUGGUUGAAGCUUCCGUCGGACCUGUGGCCAAACCAAUCCAUCGGAGGCGAUAAUAUUUCAACAACCGUCGCUGAAGAACGCAAGAUUUGUCUAGUAGCCAACGCAACACAAUCCAACGAGUUCUCCGAAUUCUUAUUUGGUCGCUUCUCGGCAUACUCCAAGCUACGCCGAAUAGUCGUUUAUGUUUCCCGCUACCUGCGUGCACUGCACGCAUCAGCCGCAAGCAACCAUCCAAAUGGUGCUUGUGCGGUCUCAUUGAAGUCUCUGGUACAACCCGCCGCAUUCCUCACAACGUCGAAACUACGGGAGGCCGAAAUCGCCUUAUGUCGCCUGGCUCAGCGCGAUACGUUCUCUGGAGAAGUGGCAGCUCUACGAAACGGUAUACUAGUUGAUAAAUCUUCGUCGAUGAAAUGGCUCAACCCGAUCAUUAGCAUAAACGACGUCAUUCGGGUCGGUGGACGACUCGAAAACUCCAAGGCUGCUGAAGAUACCAAACACCCAAUCAUCAUUUCCGGCAAGCAUCCGCUGGCCACGCUACUGGUCAACCACUACCAUCGAUUGCUACUGCAUGCAGGACCCCAGCUGAUUAUGUGCACCAUUCGUCAAAAAUUCUGGAUUCUCGGAGGUCGGAAUCUCUUUCGUCAGGUGUACCACCAAUGUCACACCUGCUUCCGACGAAAGCCAACUCUCGUGCAACAAUCAACAGCCGAUUUACCAACCUCACGAGUAACUCCAUCCCGUCCGUUCUCUGUAUCGGGAGUGGACUACUGUGGUCCAAUUUACCUCAAAGGAGCACAUCGCAAGGCAGGACCAGUGAAGGCAUACAUCGCUAUUUUUGUAUGUUUCUCCACCCGAGCGGUCCACAUAGAACUUGUUCACGAUCUUUCGACGGCGGCAUUUCUUGCUGCACUCCGAAGAUUUGUUGCUCGUCGCGGUAUGGUCUCAGAGUUGCAUUCUGAUAACGCAACCAACUACAAGGGAGCUGCAAACGAGCUCAACCAAGUGUACUGA